AUGCUUAGAUUGUUCUUUUUUACAGCUAUUAUUCCCUUUAUAGUAAAACCUGGUUAUCGGAGCAGCUAUGUGGUUGAAUUAUUUCGUAGUAAAUUUGAUGAUCAUUUGACGCAGCUUAAAGCUAAAUCAAGAAGUGUUACUGUACGAUCUCAACUUCAAUUACCAUUCACUCAAGUACCUUCUUCAUCUUCUAAUCAAUUAGCGGUAUCUUCUAUUCAAUUACUCUCAUCGUCGACAACGAGCCCAACCAUACCACCUUCAACAACCAUUACUGAACAUGAACAUCGUAAUCAGAUCAUUAAAACGAUAGAUACGUGGUGUGAGAGAGAAAAAGAAUCGAUAGGUUUGGAUGAAUUGUCUUUAUCAAUUGUUGAUGAUUAUAAACUCUACAUAAAUGACGAUACUGAGAAUUUGGAAGCAUCAAUCCGUUGUAAUUAUGGUGUUAAACUAAACUUAUUUAAACUUAAGACCCGAAAAUUUUUUCAGUUAUCUAAUUUUUAUGCUCAUCUGAAAAGUAAAAAAUGUUCAAUGAUGAAACAAAAGAAAAACGACGAUAAGAAGAAGAAAAGCCAAGACGAUAGUGCAAGUAAAGAAGAGAAAGUAGAAGAAGAAGAAGAGGUCAGUGGCGGGGAUAUUGCUUCUGUUGCUGAUACCACAAGCUCAAAGGAACCUGAAACAGUAGUUAAAAAUCAGAAAAAAUGUCCAUUAUCCCAAGUAGUCUCAUCUUCAGUUCGAGUCAAACGAAUUCGUAGAAGAUAA